GGAAAAAUGUCUAAACCCAAUUACUCCGGCACGUUUCAUAUGGUGGAGCAGGAUAAUAUGGAGAACUACCUCGCAGCUUUAGAUAUUAAUUUUGCUCUGAGGAAGAUUGUGUGCCUGCUGAAGCCCACCAAAGAGAUCACCCACGACCCGGCCACAGGUGCCAUGAAAAUACGCACUCUCACCACCUUCAAGAACUUCAACAUGGAUUUCACCAUCGGUAAAGAAUUCACCGAAGACCUGGGACCCGUGGACGGCCGCACUUGUCAGACUACAGUGAGCUGGGAAGGAGACAAGCUGAGCUGUGUGCAGCGCGGGGAGAAAGAAGGACGAGGCUGGACCCACUGGCUGGAGGGGGACAAGCUGCAUUUGGAGAUGAGAGUUCAAGGCAUUGUUGCCAAGCAGGUCUUCAAGAAGGCUGACUGACCACGCUGCAGAAGCGCCACAGUGGAAGACCUCAUUUGAAAUGUAGUCGGUACAAGAACUGAAUCAUGUUACUAGCAUUUUUAUUAUAGUGGUCAGUGUUUGGACAGAUCGCAGUAAGACUACGAAGGACUGUUGUGUGUGUCCUCUGCGUGGUGGCGAUAAUACAGAGAAGUGUAAACAUUCCCAACUACUUCCCUCAUAUUGCGCUAUUUUCCCUGUUAUAAACAAAUCAUUCAUCUGUUCUGCGUCUGCGUCCUCAGUGCGCUGCAUGCAGCAUGAAGUUUAGCAGUGGCACCACCCUGUGUGGAGAACUGCUCCCUCACAUCUACACCAGUGCAUUAACAGUGAUAUUCACCACCAAAAAUGUGCCUUGCACUAUUCUUCAAUUUUGUUUGUAAAUGUAAGUUCAAGUUUAACUGCCAGACAUUUGUACAAUAUAAGUUAAAUUAAAGAUAAUGUAGAAUAAAUACACUUGUGUUAGCUGCACAUAAAAAACAGAAUGUAACUCUUUGGUAAUAAAUUAGAUAUUGAGACAGGGAUACAUAACAGUUUUUCUUAGAUACAUGAACUUGGCUGUCAUACACCUGGUUUUAAAACGGCCUGUCUGGACCCGCCAAUUAGGCUGGAAAGGAUCAUCUAACAUUUUAUAAGAU